AACUCCUGAUUUAAAAAAUAUAUGCAAACUUCAAAUCCCAUAAAACUCACCAUCGACACUAUAAACAAUAAUGGGGGAGAAAAUUUGGGGAUACAAAAUUUGGCUGAUUGCGAACUUGACAGCGUAAGUGCUACGAAAGUAGAUAAUGAAACAUCACCUGUAGCAUACGAAGCAAGGUGAAAAAUGCCGUUAACAUUGUCAAUCUAAAACAUGUGUGAGAGCGAGAGACGAAAGAAGGAUGUAUGUGACAUCAAUCAUCUAGGAUGGGAGGGGCAGAUGAAGGAAGAGUAUAGUUAGUAGUGAGAGGGAGUGUACAGUGGGUACUGCGCGCAAUAAGGGAUGGCAAUCAAAUCACCAGUCGGGGGUAUCCGAUUGUCAACGCGAGAAAUACCUGCAUUGAAUGUGUAAGUGGCGAGUAUGGUUAAUACUCGCAAACAGUUUGAUGAGGACGCGGUGUAUUUGGUUUUUAGCCUUAUCCGCUCCAUACCUAAUUACCUAUAUCCGUCCCACCAAAAUAGUUUUUUCAUAAAUUUAAAAUACAUGAAUCCUAUUGUGACCUCUUCAAUUCUCCCUUGAUCCUUUCACUAAUUUCUCAUUUGUUAACAAAUUAUGCUAGUUGUUUAUUGCUUAGUAGUAGAUAUAAUGAAAAGAUUUUAGGGUUGGAUUUGAGAAAGAUUUGAUGUGAUUUGUGGGAUAUGCAGGGCAGGUGCAUAUUAGUCAACUUCCCGCCAUUUCUUUAUUCACGACUCAUAAUUUCCAAACCGGCGUCUCCUUCCUACAAAACAAAAUCCGUAUCAUUCUCCACACUCCCAACUCCCAAAGUCAUCUUCUCCAAUCUUCUCUCAAAAUGGCUACCGCCGACGACCCGACCCGAAACCUCCACGUCGCCAUCCUCCCGUUCAUGGCCCACGGCCACAUGAUCCCGAUCAUCGACAUCGCCAAGCUGUUCGCCUCCCGCCGGGGAGUCAAAACCACCAUCAUCACUACCCGCCUCAACGCCCCUUUGGUCUCCAAACAAAUCCCGACCACCGCGGAAAUCCACAUCGAGCUCAUCAGGUUCCCGGCGGCGGAGGCCGGCGUGCCGGAGGAAUCAGAGACCGCCGAUUUCUUCUCCUCCACCGCCCAGAAAAUGGGUCCGAACUUCCUCUUAAAGUUCUUCCACGCUGCAGCGUUACUCCGGCGACCGCUGGACGCCGCCCUGGCGAAGAUCCGGCCGGACUGCCUCGUCUCCGACGCGUUCUUCCCCUGGAGCGCGGAAUCCGCGGGGAAAUUCGGCAUCCCGAGGUUGGUCUUCCAUGGCACCGGGUACUUCGCCCUCUGUACCGCCGUUUGCAUCCGGGUUCACAAGCCGCACAAGAAUUUGGAUUCGGAGUCCUUCGUUGUUCCUUGUCUGCCGGGGAAAAUCGAGCUCACCCCGAGCCAGUUGCCGGAGAGUGUGAGGAAGGAGGAGGAAGGGAAUCCGUUUACGAAGCUGGUCAGGGAAAUGGCUGAAUCGGAGGGGAAGAGCUACGGGGUGAUCGUGAAUAGCUUCCGCGAGCUUGAACCCGACUACGCCGAUUUCUACCGCGACGAAUUGGGGAGAAGAAAUUGGGCAAUCGGCCCUGUUUCGCUCUCCAAUCGGAGAUCCGAGGAGAAAGCGGGCAGAGGAGGCAGGGGAACAGGGGAAUCGAGCUCCGAUUGCUUGAAAUGGCUGGAAUCCAAGGAGCCCGAUUCCGUGAUCUACAUUUGUUUCGGGAGUUUGGCCGAUUUCGCCGAUUCCCAGCUGAAAGAGAUUGCAGCAGCGCUGGAGAGCUGGGGCGGGAGCUUCAUCUGGGUCGUGAGGAAAGAUCCAAGAACAGAGUCUGAAUCUGAAUCUGAAGAAGAAUGGCUGCCGGUGGGAUUCGAGGCUAGAACGGCGGAGAAAGGGCUGAUAAUUAGAGGGUGGGCACCUCAAAUUUUGAUUCUGGACCACGAGGCGGUGGGCGGAUUCGUGACGCACUGCGGGUGGAAUUCGACGCUGGAAGGGAUAACAGUGGGGAAGGCGAUGGUGACCUGGCCGGUGGCGGCGGAGCAAUUCUACAACGAGAAGCUGAUAACGGCGGUGUUGGGGAUCGGUCUACCGGUCGAGGCGGAGAAGUGGGUGAGAGGGACUGGUGAUGAUGAAGUGAUCAUGGCGGAAGGGAUUGAGAUUGCUGUGACGAGGUUGAUGGAUGGAGAUGAAGGGAAAGAGAUGAGGAGGAAGGCUAAGGAGCUUAGGGAAAUGGCGAGAAUAGCGAUUGAAGAAGGUGGAUCUUCGCAUUCUAGUUUGAGUGAUCUAAUCGAUGAAUUGAAACAACGAUCUCACGUGUAAAAAUGUUUGGUUUUAGUUCAUCAUAUGAAUACAUAUUCGUAGAGAGCAAUGUUGUCAGAAUCGAAUUAGAGUACGAACUGUAACAGCGAGCAGGUCGGGUUGUAUCCACCCCUUACUGGGCAAUGCAAAAAUUGACGGGUUAGGACUUAGGUAGACAAGUAUUAACGCAACAAAGAUAACGAAAGAAU